AUGUGGCCUAGACUGACUAGUGGUUGGUGUAUUAACAAAGAAAAACAACAGAAAGACUCCCUCUGUUCAAUAGCCCCAACAUUUUCAAUUUCUGAAGAAGAAAAUGAAGAAGAAGAGGAAGACUCUUCUUCCAAUUUAUUCAAACAAUCCUCCCUUUUAAACAAACCUUUGCAACAAAGACGACUUUCUUCUGCCCGUUUUUCAAUAAUCACAUUUUCUGAAAAUAUUGCUUUAAUAUUACAAAGGGAGGGGGUUACGCAACAAGUAAAAGCGGCAAAAGCAGUUGCCUUAAUUUUGUGUUGUUUUCUGCUUUGCUGGUUUCCGUUUCUAAUUGUUUGGCCUCUUCGCCUAUUUCUUCCCCAUUUAAUUUCUGAUCGAGUUUUUCGUUUGUGUUUAUGGUUAAAUUAUUCCUGCUCAACAUUUAACCCUUUAUUAUAUGCUUUAUCUACUCCAAAAAUUCGUUCAAUACUUAGAAACAACGGGUUAUUACCCUGUAAAUUUAUUUCGGUUGAGGGAGGUUCUGGGAAGAAUACGAGAAGAAGCAAUACUUGUGCUUUAGUUUAA